AUGGGCCGCUCGUACAACGGCGGUGCGGCAUCGGCUGGCGAGUCGCAGCCGAGUCGGGAUGUGCAGUCAUCGGGACCGAACGCGCUGAAUCACUCGGAAAAGGAUCCAAACGCGCCGGACAUGCUGCAGGGGAUGCCGAUUGGCUUGGUGUUCGGCACGAUGCCGUUUCUGCUCAAGGCACACGUCGGCUACGCCGACCUUGGCACCUUUAUGCUGAGCACGUACCCCUACUCGCUCAAGCUCCUCUGGAGCCCGAUCGUCGACAGUGUGUUUGUGGAUGCAUGGCGUGUGCCAGGCACGUCGAUCACGCUGUCGCUGGGGCGCCGGAAGAGCUGGAUUGUGCCGAUUCAGCUGCUGAUCGGUGCUGGUCUCGUCGCGCUGUCGUUCCGCAUCGAUGCGAUCUUGGAGCAGAGCCUUUCGGGCAUCUACACCAUCACGGCCGUGUUCUUUGCGCUGAUUUUUCUCGCGGCCACGCAGGACAUUGCGGUCGAUGGGUGGGCACUGACGCUCCUUUCGGAAGAAAAUGUGGGGUAUGCGUCGACGGCGCAGACGGUGGGUAUCAACAUUGGCUACUUUAUGAGCUUUACCGUGUUCCUUGCGCUGAACAGCGCGGAAGCGUGCAACAAGUAUUUGCGCUUGCGUCCGCUGAGCACGCCGAUCUUGUCGCUGGCGGGCUACCUGCAGAUCUGCGGCGUCUGCUUCGUGCUCGUUACGCUAUGGCUCCUCGUGUUCCAGCCCGAAAAGAAAGAAAAGGACGAUGAUAUGGGCAUCCGCGAGGUCUACUCGAACAUGUGGCGUAUCUGCCGCCUGCGGCAUGUGCAGCUGCUGCUGCUCGUCCACAUGAUCUGCAAGAUUGGAUUCCAGGCGAACGAUGCCGUGACAGGGCUCAAGCUCGUCGAGCACGGGCUCAGCAAGGAGGAUCUUGCGUUUGCCGUGCUGAUCGACUUCCCCUUCCAGAUGAUCUUCGGGUACCUGGUUGCGACGUGGUCGCGCGGCCGGACGGCGCUUCGCCCAUGGCUCAUUGCAUUUGCGUUCCGGCUGCUGUGUGCGGCGGCGAGUAUGGGCAUGGUGGCAGGCAUGCCGCAGGGCUCGGGCCGGAUCAGCACGUCCUACUUUUUGAUGAUCAUUGCAUCGACGGUGAUGAACAGCUUUGCGACCACAGUGCAGUUUGUCGGUAUCACGGCAUUCCACACCCGCAUCGCCGACCCUGUGAUUGGGGGCACCUAUAUGACGCUGCUCAACACAGUCAGUAAUCUGGGUGGCACUUGGCCUCGCUACUUUGUGCUACGCAUGGUCGAGUUCUUCACCGUGUCGCACUGCUCAGGCCCAGUGGACAUCAACAUGGAGAAGUUGGACAAGGCGAUACGCAGCGCUUAUCUCCCGCUGCGGCUCGGCGAGUGCAGCUCCGACGCCGGUCGCCAGCGGUGCAAGGCCCUAGGCGGGCACUGUGUGGUCGAACGUGACGGCUAUUACUACACAAGUGCCUUGUGCAUUGCCAUUGGUGCUCUGACUCUUCUCUUCUUUAUUGCACCCGUGUGCCGCCGCCUUCAGGCCCUGAGCCCGGCCGCAUGGCGCCUGCCCAAAUCCGCCGCACAGAAAGGGAGAUAA